AUGUAUCACCUUGUCCGCUCCCUGUAUCUCUACGCAACUAGCAAGCCAGAGUACUCCAUCAUCCUCUUAGGCCUCGACAACGCAGGCAAAACCACCCUUCUCUCACAGAUAAAAGCCCUUUUCAACACCACCGCUGACCCGGUCGCUGGCCAGACAGGCGAUGCUCCCGCCUCAGACACCGCAGGUAACACUGUGCCCACUGUGGGCCAAAAUGUCGCGACCAUCGAUCUGCCCGAGAUGUACUUGAAGAUCUGGGAUGUGGGUGGACAAAUGAGUCUGAGGAAGCUAUGGACGAGCUACUACAAAAGCGCGCAUGCGGUGGUAUUCGUGGUGGAUAGUACCGACCUUGGGAGUGGAGAGAUCGACGAGUCGCCCAAGACGCCCGGGUGGCAUGGGCGUAAGAAGAGUUAUGUCGGGAAGAGCGGCGAUGAGGACGAGCCACAGACACCGUGGACUCCGAUGACGCCUAUGACACCAGGGUAUUUCUCGUCUGGACCGCCCCAGGGUCGAUUAGACGAAUGUCGAGCGGUUCUAGAAAGCGUGCUCGAAAACGACGACACGGCUGGAAUUCCGAUCCUGAUCCUCGCCAACAAACAAGACAGGGAAGAUUGUCUCGAGGUUGUUAGGAUCAAGGAAGGCUUCGUGAAGAAAGUGUUCGAAGGGGAGAAAGGAGGAAUGGUUCGAGAUAGCCGUGUCCUACCAGUGAGCGCUCUGAAAGGAACGGGAGUCAAAGAGGCCGUCGAAUGGGUCAAAAGCCGUGUUGUGUGGAACAAAGAAAGUCGUCCACCGAUAAUGAGGUGA